UGAAUGUCGCUUGCUUUUCUUCCUUGUCAGUUGAAAAAAAUGUCUUGAAAUGCAUUAAACUUUUUGAUUUGUGUGGAUAGUAAUCGUAUUUUUAUGAAAUAAAACUUUAAUAAUUCGUGUUCAAUAACUAUUUAUUAAAUAUUAAACGGCAUUUAAAACCAAAAAACUUAAAUGUAAGAUAUCGUAAAAAUUUAUAUAAACUUUAAAAAAAAAUUUAUAUAAACGUUAUAUCUGAAUAAAAACAAAACUUAAAACCAUGAAUCGUUCAACCAAACAGCGAAGAGCAAAACGUAACGUUCAAAACUGUAAAAAUGAAAUAUUGUCACCAGAUACAAAUAAAAAACGAAGUAAAUAUGAGCGUGUAUCGGCUCGAUCAGCAUUAAACUUGUUAAAAAGUCCAACGAUUAAGAAAUAUUUACAAAUGGUCGAAUGUAUAACAACUAAUAAAGAUGUCGAAAUUGAUUUGUGUUCAAAAAUAAAUUGUGUUCCGGAAUAUUAUGAAAAUCAUGACUCUGAAAUUAUAACCGAUCAACCAUGCCAAAUAAGUGAUGCACCACGUUCGAAUACGCCAGUGACACCACAUCGUAUUAAACUCGAUACACAGCCAUUGAUAGUGCCUAAAACAAAUAAAAUACGUAAAAAUAAAUUAAAAUUUGAUAAUAACACAAGUCAUUUAGUUACUGAAUAUUUUCCCGUUCGUCGUUCGAAUCGAAAACCGAAUAAGGUUGUUUUACAAGAGAAAAAACGUAAUUUACAAGAUGCAAUUAAUACAGACGUUGAAGAAGGAUUAGAAAUACGAUACUUUGAUAAUAAAGGACGUGGGAUUGUAACAACACAACCAUUUAAAAGAGGUGAUUUUGUUGUAGAAUAUCGUGGUGAUCUUAUUGAUUAUAUUGAAGCAAAACAUCGUGAACAAAUCUAUGCACGUGAUCAGAAUGCAGGUUGUUACAUGUAUUAUUUUAAACAUAAAAAUAAGCAGUAUUGUGUGGAUGCAACGGCUGAAUCGAAUUAUUUGGGACGUUUAGUUAAUCAUUCACGUAAUGGUAAUUUAGUGACAAAAAUUGAAGAUAUUGGUGGAAAACCGCAUUUAAUAUUAAUUGCUAAAGAUGAUAUUGAUGCUGGGCAAGAAAUAACAUAUGAUUAUGGUGAUAGAUCGAAAGAAUCAUUAAAACAUCAUCCGUGGCUAGCUCAAUAAAUUUUCUUUCCUUUUGACUUUUUGAUUGUAUUUUUAAAAUGCACAUUGUGUUCAUAUUUAUUAACUUUUAUUUAUGUGGCAUGUUUAAUACGUAUAUUUCUUUAAAUUUAUUCCGGCUUUAGAUAAAUUUGUACUUUAGCGACCCUUCUUUAAAAAUGCUCCAAGAACCAGGGUUCGAAAAUAUCCGAUAUUUAUUAUAAAUAUCAAAAUAUCGGAUAUGAUAUUUAACAAAAAAACUUGGACUUAGACUGAUUAUUCGGUUGCGUUUCCGACAUUAUAUAAUAUAAAGCGAAGUUACAAAAAAAUUUUUAAUUUGGGUUAAUUAUUUGAGAUGUCUAUGAAAACUAUUUCGCCUGGGACAUUUGUCCCUCAAUUAAAUUACCCAUUUUUCUCCUGUUAACUUAGCUAUACAUUUAUUUUAAAAAAAAUCCAAGGUUUUUUUUUUUUUUUUUGUAACUAAUGACUGUACUAUUGUUAAUGUUACACAGUGUGUCGCAAUUAAGAUAAAGACACUUUCAUAUUUUCGUUAGUUAUUUUUAGGAAUAUCGAUUUGAAAUUUUUGCAUAGUCUCUGAUGCUAGACAAAAUAUUAAGAAUCGGCUCUAUUUGUCAACUUGUAGUAGGCUGAGUUUAGAGUUCUGAUUUCGAAUAAGUAUCUUUAAAUAUGUUACCCAUCACUAUGUAAGACUGCAAAAUUUCAAAUCGAUUUUUCCAUAAAUAACGAAAAUAGGAGGCUGCCUGCAUCUUAAAUGCGACAUGCUGUAAAUGACCGGCUUUUGAACUAUUAAUAAUAAUGUAAAAAUCGGUCUCACGGAGUGCGAGUCUGUAGUGUAAAGAAAGAGCCGCAAACAUCUGAUGAUUUCAUAAAAUUGUAAAAACUAGGCUAAAAAUUUUAAUUUGAUUUGAUUAAUUUUAAAAAAUGAACGUUUUUUUUUUAUUCAUACAUAUUUUGAUGUAUUGUUAAUAUGCGGUCGAAUUCAAUAUUGCCAUGCAUUGAAUUUUAAUAUAAUUUAUAUAAAACCUUUUUUAUUUAAUCGUGAAAUUGUAUUUUGACGCUUUUAUUAUUAAAAAAAGACGUAAAUCCUUUUAUACAAGGUGCUCGUCUUUUUUAAGUUGACAUAUACUCGAAACUUGAUAAAUAAAUUUAAUCGAGGAAAAUGCUUCAAACGAAAAAACGUGUUCAUCUAUCGAUGAUCAUUUAUCAAGUUUCAGGUGUGCGUAAGAUGUGCGCCUAAACUCCCAACACUUUUUUGCUUGAAAUAUUUUUAUCGAUGAAUCUUACUUUUCGAGUUUCAAGCAUAUGUCAACUUAAAAAAGAUACCCACCUGUAUUUGGACUUUGUCCUGGAUGUGUUCA